AUGCCUCGCCGCGCUGCUUCGCCAGCGCUUUCCGAGGCUGAAGUCGAUAUCGCCGGUUCACUCUUCGCCAGCGGUGCCGACGAUGCGAGCGACAACUUCCCCAAGGGCAACGCGAAAGACGGGUUUGGCUUCGAUGCCGGCGGCAUCCUUGAUGCCGAUGGAGAUGGCGACGACGCUGACGGCGACGCAGCCUUCAUUGCGCUGAAGCAAGCCGCUGCUUUUAGAAAGAACUCGAAUGUGAAGGGCAACUCGGUCAAGAAAGGUGGUGGUUUCCAGGCCAUGGGUCUCAAUGCGAAUAUGCUCAGAGCCAUUACGAAGAAGGGCUUCAAGCAACCCACGCCCAUUCAGCGAAAGGCCAUUCCCUUGAUCAUGGAUCGGAAAGAUGUGGUUGGUAUGGCCCGAACAGGAUCCGGAAAGACUGCCGCCUUCGUUAUCCCCAUGAUCGAGCGCCUCAAGGCACACAGUCCGACCGUUGGUGCCAGAGCUCUGAUUCUGUCUCCGUCCCGUGAAUUGGCCCUUCAGACGAUGAAGGUUGUCAAGGAAUUCGGCCGAGGCACAGAUCUCAAGUCUAUUCUUGUAGUGGGAGGAGACAGUAUGGAAGAUCAAUUCAGCGAUCUCGCGUCGAACCCCGAUAUUAUUAUUGCUACACCAGGUCGAUUUCUACACUUGAAAAUGGAGAUGAACCUGCAACUGUCGUCCAUUCAAUACGUGGUUUUUGACGAGGCCGACCGCCUUUUCGAAAUGGGUUUCGCCGCCCAAUUGACCGAGAUUCUGCACGCUCUGCCCUUCUCGAGGCAGACUCUUCUUUUCUCGGCUACACUGCCGGCAUCGUUGGUCGAGUUCGCCCGAGCUGGUCUGCAGGACCCGAGCUUGGUCAGAUUGGACGCAGAAUCUAAAGUAUCGCCGAAUCUCCAAAGCGCCUUCUUCAGCGUCAAGGGCGCUGAAAAGGAGGGUGCUCUUCUACACAUUUUACAAGACUGCAUCAAGAUGCCUCAUGGCUCGCCCGAGGGUAACGAGCCCGACUCUGAAAAGGCGUCAAGGAAGAGGAAAAGGGGCUCCGAACAGAGCGGAAGGGGAACACCAACUGAGCACUCUACGAUUGUCUUUACAGCCACCAAGCACCAUGUUGAGUAUUUGCAAGCACUGCUGAACCAAGCUGGCUAUGCUGUCUCUUACGUAUACGGUGCUCUGGACCAGACGGCGCGUUUGGAGCACGUCGAGAACUUCAGAAUGGGUCGAUCAAAUAUCCUGGUGGUUACUGACGUCGCUGCCAGAGGUAUUGAUAUGCCCAUGUUGGCCAACGUCAUUAACUACGACUUUCCCCCCCAACCCAAGGUAUUCGUCCACAGAGUUGGUCGUACAGCACGUAACGAUCAGAAGGGAUGGAGUUACUCACUGGUCAGAGAAAGCGAUGCACCAUACCUCAUCGAUCUACAGCUUUUCCUUGGCAAGAAGCUUGUCCUUGGACGGGAAGGCGAGACAUCUACAUUUACGGACGACGUUGUGGUUGGUGCGCCUAUGCGAAGCAAGGUCGAGCCCAACGUCGAAUGGCUGAACAAAGUUCUAUUUGAGGAUGUAGAUAUUAGUACGCUCCGAAAGGUCUCGGAGAAGGCGGAGAAAUUGUAUUUAAGAACAAGGAACUCGGCGUCGAGCCAAAGCGCAAAGCGUGCGCGUGAGGUGGUUUCCUCAAAAGCAUGGUCCGAGCUACAUCCUGUAUUUGGUGCAGAUGCUGGUGCUAUGGAGAACUCGAGGGCUGAGAUGCUCGCCCGAAUCAGUGGUUACCGACCGCCGGAGACAAUCUUCGAAAGCAAAUUGGCAAACGGUAACAAGGCAGCAGAUGGAACCGCAGCAAUCGUUAUGCGGAACCUGAGGAAGCAUAUCACUCCUCGAAAUCAGAUCAAGAAGGACAAGGCCGUUAAAGGGAAGAACGAAGAUGCAGAAAUGGAGGAUGCUGAAGAUGCUUUUGAUGAGGAAGGUGACGUUCAACCGGACGGUGAAGUUAUCCUUGCCGAUGAAGACUCUGAUUCGGAGUUCGAAGUCACCGUGGGAGACGACAAAAAAUCAUCCAAAUCCGGUUUGGAUUCAUUCCAAGACUCAGAGAUUUUCAUGACAUAUACCCCCCGUACCAUCAACGCAGCUGAAGAACGGGGUUAUGGUGUACAUUCGGGAGGCAAUUUUGUGGAAUCCGCCCGAAAUGUUACUAUGGACUUGACGACCGAUGAUGGAGCCAAGUCGAAGAUGCGCUGGGACCAGAAGAGCCGGAGAUAUGUGGCUCGUGAUAACGACGAGGACGGAAGCAAGGGCAAACGCAUGAUCCGUGGCGAGUCUGGCGCCAAGAUCGCAGCUUCUUUCCAAUCUGGCCGUUUCGACAAGUGGAAGAAGGCGCAACACAUGAGGAUGCCACGCGUUGGCGAGGCGGAGAAGAUCAUGCCCAACGGUCCUGGAGGUCAGACUGGUGGUCUCAGAUACAAGCACAAGGCGAUCAAGGCGCCUAAGGAGGCCGAUAAAUUUAGGGACGAUUACCACGAAAGGAAGAAGCGGGUUGAUGAGGCUAAGGAGAACAGAGUUGGACGCUUCAGAGAUGGUGCAGGUGAUAAAAGAGAGCUUAAGGGCGUUCAUGACGUAAGAAAGGCGCGACAAAUCAAACAGCAAAAGAUGGAGAAGAAUGCUAGACCCAGCAGGAAGAAGUAG